AUGAGACGCGUUGUCGUCACCGGUAUGGGUAUCGUAUCCUCCAUCGGAUCAAAUGCACAGGAAGUGCUUGCCAGCCUUCGUGAAGGCAAAUCCGGUAUCAGCUUUGCGCCGGACUAUGCCGAACACGGCUUCCGCAGCCAGGUUCACGGCAUGCCGGAUAUCGACAUACCGUCGCUGGUCGACAAGCGCCAGCUUCGCUUCAUGGGCGAUGGUGCGGCCUACAAUUACAUUUCCAUGCAACAGGCGAUCGCCGACAGCGGACUGGAAGAUAGCGACGUCUCCAAUACGCGGACCGGCCUGAUCAUGGGAUCUGGCGGACCUUCCACCAAGAACCUGUUUCAGGCGCACCAGAUCGUUCUUGAAAAAGGGGCUCCCAAGCGCAUGGGGCCGUUCAUGGUCACGCGUGGCAUGAGCUCGACCAAUUCGGCCUGCCUGGCGACCCCAUUUAAGAUCAAGGGGAUCAAUUAUUCCAUCACGUCCGCAUGCUCCACGUCCGCACACUGUAUCGGUGCCGCAACCGAACAGAUCCAGUUCGGCAAACAGGAUGUGAUGUUUGCAGGCGGUGGCGAGGAACUUGACUGGACCCUUUCCUGCCUGUUCGACGCCAUGGGCGCGAUGUCUUCCAAAUACAACGACACACCACAGACCGCUUCGCGCGCCUAUGAUUCGACCCGUGACGGGUUUGUCAUUGCCGGCGGUGGCGGGGUGGUCGUCCUGGAAGAACUGGAACGCGCCAAGGCUCGCGGCGCGAAAAUCUAUGCCGAGGUCACGGGCUACGCGGCCAACUCCGACGGGUAUGACAUGGUGGCGCCCUCCGGCGAGGGCGGAGAGCGCUGCAUGCGACUUGCCAUCGAAACCCUGGGAGAUCGCAAGGUCGAUUACAUCAACACGCAUGGCACUUCGACACCGGUCGGUGAUAUCGGUGAAAUCGAAGCGAUCCGCCGUGUGUUUGGCGACAAUCAGCCGCCUGCGUCUUCCACAAAAUCCCUGACCGGACACAGCCUUGGAGCAACCGGUGUGCAGGAGGCGAUCUACUGCCUGCUCAUGCUGCAAAACGAUUUCAUGACGGCAUCAGCAAACAUCAACGAACUCGAUCCGGCACUCAGCAAAGACGAAAUCGUCACGGAACGUGUCGACAAUGCCGGAUUGGAUACCGUGCUCUCCAACAGCUUCGGGUUCGGAGGCACCAAUGCCUCGCUCGCGCUGUCACGCUACCACGGCUGA